AUGGAGACGGAUAGGCUGGAAUCCGUGGAGGGAACCGGCGCCGGCGGCGAGAAUGGCGCGGCCACCAAGCUGCAGAAGGUCUACCGCAGCUACCGGACCCGCCGGAAGCUCGCCGACUCCGCCGUCGUCGUCGAGGAGCUCUGGUGUAUGAAAAAGAACCUGCUUUUCAGUAUGUUGACUUCAGCUUUUUGUCAUCAAGAGCGUGAGCACUAUGAAUACAUCAUUAAUGAGGGAAAGAUUAUUCAUAAACAGUCUGGAGAACCACUGGAUACGAGCAGGGGUCCUAAAGGGACUAAAUGGAUUUUUGUUAUGAGCACAGCAAAAAGACUUUAUGCUGGCAAGAAAGAGAGAGGUGUAUUCCAGCACUCCAGCUUUUUGGCAGGAGGUACAACCAUAGCUGCAGGAAGAUUUACUGCAGAGAACGGAGUUAUCAAGUCCAUCUGGGCAUAUAGUGGUCACUACAAACCAACUGCAGAGAACCUCGGCAAUUUCAUGAACUUCCUUGAAGAAAAUGGAGUUGACCUCAAGGACGUUGAGGUGCGCUCAUCUACCAAAGAAGACUACAAUGAAGAUCCAGUGCCUAAUGACUCACAGAACUUUACUUCUGCUAUCAUACAACCAAAUUUUCCACAAGUGGUUCUCCCUCUAAACACCACAGAAGGCGACGAGGGAGAGAACACUCCUGCAGAAGAAGCCAAGCCAACCUACCAGAGAACCUUAUCAGGCGUGGUCAAGAGCUGGGGCCUUUUGUGCCCUGGAAGAUCACUUGAGAAGUUCCAGGCUUGGCUGGAGAAGCCACAGGGGACGGUGGUGUCGCCGGAGCAAAUCCUGGAUAGAGAUGGAGGAUGGGUGCUGGUCUGUGGUGUGAGGUUCCUGGAGCCUGGAGGGCCAACAACCGGAGUUGAUGCAAGCUGA